UGUUGAUUUAUUUAGUAGCAUUUUAUUUAUUUCAGAUUUUUUGAAUACAGCAUUGUCAAUGAUGAAAAUUAUAUAUAUUAAUGUCAUUUUUUGUCAAGUAAUCUGGUCCACAAUAAUACUAUUACUACUUCUAUAUAAUAAGUAUAAUAGAAAUAAGGAUAAAAAUACAAAUUACAUUUUUAAACCAAUUAAAACAUGUGUUUACUCUCUCGUUUAUGUACAGUGACACCAGCUGGUAGCUGCUGCUGCUCUUGUCCCACCUGAGUGUCCGUUCCCAGCUUUUUCUUCCGGUCCGUCCCCUAAAACAGUCCCGAAUGAGUUCCUCUCCACUGAUAUCUCGAGCUAAUAUGGACAUCCUGGACGAGCUGCAGCUGAUCGCAGCCCAGAACCUGGAGAGGCUGGAGGUCAACAAGUACUAUGAGGUGAUCAGGGAGCUGGGCAAAGGCACCUACGGCAAGGUGGACCUGGUCAUCCACAAAAUCCGAGGUACAAAGAUGGCACUGAAGUUUCUGAAGAAGAAGACAACCAAGCUGAAGUCGUUCCUGCGAGAGUACAGCAUCUCACUCUACCUUUCCCCCUGUCCUUUCAUCAUCAACAUGUUUGGCAUUGCCUUCGAGACAGACGACUACUAUGUGUUUGCACAGGAGUACGCUCUGGCAGGGGACCUCUUCGAUAUCAUUCCUCCACAGGUCGGUCUUCCUGAGGCGGUGGCAAAGCGUUGUGUGCACCAAGUGGCCAUCGCUCUGGACUACCUGCACUGUAAGAAGCUGGUCCACAGAGACAUCAAGCCUGAAAACAUCCUCAUUUUUGACCGGGAGUGCCGCAAAGUCAAGCUGUCAGAUUUCGGCAUGACCCGUCGAGCUGGCUCACCUGUGAAAAGAGUGAGCGGCACCAUCCCCUACACGGCCCCGGAGCUCUGCGACGUGUCCCGCCACGAGGGAUUCUAUGUGGACUACAGCACUGACGUCUGGGCCUUCGGGGUUCUUCUCUUCUGCAUGCUGACUGGGAACUUCCCCUGGGAGAAGGCGCUGCCCUCCGAUUCCUUCUACCAGGAGUUCAUUCGCUGGCAGAGGAGGAGGAUGAACACGGUGCCGUCCCAGUGGAGGCGCUUCACAGAGCAGGCCCUCCGCAUGUUCCGCCGGCUCUUAUCCGUGGAACAGGACUGCCGCUGCUCCGUCAAAGAGGUCUUUGGUUACUUCAGCCACUCCUGGAUGCUGGACGCAGAGAACAACAACAACAACGGCAAUGGCAACGGAGGAGGUGGUGGAGAGAGGGUUGGCGGUGGAGGAGGAGGAGGGGUGCGGGGAGAGGUGGACGGCACUAUCUCGUCAUCUUCAUCCGGGGAGGAAGACGAGGAGCUCCUUGUGGAGAGGAUGAAGCAGCAGACUUUAUCUCCUCUCUCCCCGCUGUCACCUCUCUUUCCAAUGUCUCCGGUGGCCGUGGUGAGGGGGGGCGGGGCUAAGGGUGGAAUGAUGGAACCAGCGGGCGGCCACCAUUUUGUGUCUGUCUCGACCAACAGCUCUGUGUCAUCCACCAACAGUUAUGAUCGAAUGCCGCGAGAGAACAGCUCACCGGGUGGCCGCAUGCUGGUGGCCACGCCCAUUGAAAUCUGUGUCUGA